AUGACGAUGCAAGACCCGAUUUCUGAUUUGUUGACCCGCAUCCGCAAUGCGCAGAUGGCUGGCCAUAAAAACGUUGAGAUGCCUAACUCCAAAAUCAAGCGCAGCAUUUUAAAAGUGCUGUUGGAUGAAGGUUUUAUCGAUGGUUUUACCGCAGACGAAGAAGUGAAGUCUGCUUUGAACGUAGACCUGCGCUACCACAAUGGUUCUCCGGUAAUCGAAGAGAUCAAGCGUGUCAGCCGACCAGGUUUGCGGAUCUACAAAGAGAGCAGCGAGAUUCCCUCGGUACGAGGUGGAUUGGGUGUGGCUAUUGUCAGCACCAAUAAAGGUGUCAUGACAGAUAAGCGUGCUCGCGCAGCCGGCGUCGGCGGUGAAGUUUUGUGCACGGCGUUGUCCGUGAAAGGCUCCAAAGGCGAAAUGAACUUUGGUGUGCACAAUGCAGUGAUCAUUAACCAGGGCGACGGUGAGCUCACAUUUGCGGCGCGUAAUGGCGACACUGGUUCACGUGCGAUGGCAGGCACCAUGCGUGCGGUUGUGCAGAAUAUGGUCACAGGCGUCUCCACUGGGUUUGAACGCCGUCUUGAAUUGCAGGGCGUCGGUUAUCGUGCACAAGCACAGGGUAAUACGUUGACGUUGCAGCUGGGUUUUUCUCACCCUGUUGUAUACGAGUUGCCGAAGGGCAUUGAGGCGCAAACGCCUAGUCAAACAGAGAUCGUCAUCUCCGGUAUAGACAAGCAGCAAGUCGGGCAGGUUUGUGCAGAAAUACGCUCAUUCCGUCCGCCUGAGCCCUACAAGGGUAAAGGCGUGCGCUAUCAGGGUGAGUAUGUUCGCCGUAAAGUGUUAUCCGCAGACGGCGGCACAGUGAUUGCUCAAGCGUCUACUUUAGAAAAGACGCUGCGUGAUGGCGCCACCGGGAAUACGGAUGCUGCGGCAAAGGUAGGGGCAUUGGUUGCCGAUCGUGCAAAACAGGCGGGCGUAACUGCGGUUGCGUUUGAUCGAUCCGGGUACAAGUACCAUGGGCGUAUAAAAGCGCUGGCGGAUGCCGCCCGCGAAGCUGAAGAAGGCCUGGUUGAAAAACUGGUCCAGGUGAAUCGAGUAGCCAAAGUGGUUAAAGGCGGACGCAUAUUCGGUUUCACCGCGCUCACUGUCGUGGGUGAUGGUAACGGCCGGGUUGGUUUCGGUCGUGGUAAGGCGCGAGAAGUACCUCUGGCGAUUCAGAAAGCUAUGGAAUCCGCACGUCGAAAUAUGAUCGAUAUAGACCUGAACGGUACAACUCUGUGGUAUCCGUUAGUAGGUCGUCAUGGUGCUUCAAAAGUCUAUAUGCAGCCUGCAUCAGAAGGUACAGGCGUGAUUGCGGGCGGCACUAUGCGCGCGCUUUUAGAAGCCGUUGGAAUUCAAAACGUAUUAGCCAAGUGCUAUGGAUCAACGAAUCCGGUAAACGUGAUCAAUGCAACAUUCAAAGCGUUGCAGAAUAUGCGUUCUCCCCAGGAUAUCGCGGCCAAGCGUGGCAAGCCCGUAGAAGAUGUCGUCGCUUAG